CAAAAGUAAAAACAAUGCUAUUUCUAUCCUCAAUUUAAGGUCAACGUGUCUGAUAUGAAUGUGGUUGGGAAAAUGUUGACUGUAAGUUGUUAGGACUAGUUUCUCAAAGUGAACCUCACAACACACACAGGAAACCAGAUCAGUAACAGUUGUUUACUUGCGGAAAGCUGGAGGGAUAGGGAGCCAGUCAUGUCCCUGUACAGGACCUGGAGAAUCUGCUCCAAGGUUGGAAACCCUGGCUGGACUCCUGUUUUGGUGAUGAGUGCAAGGAAAAUGUCUGAUACCUCAGGUACAUGUAAGAUAGAAGCCAGACUUGUAGUGACAGAAAAGAGGGGCGACGUUUUCCUCAUCGGUAUCAACCGUCCUCACGUACGGAACUGUGUCAAUCACCAGACCGCCUUACAGCUCUUCAACGCCUUCCAAACUUUUGAAAACGACGAAACAUCUUUGGCUGCUGUUUUCUAUGGAAGAGGUGGGACAUUCUGUGCCGGUUAUGAUCUUAAGGAAGUAGCAUCAACAGCAGGUGUACUUGAAGAUAUUGGCGAGGCAGAGGUUGGUCCCAUGGGAGGGGAGGCACAAGUUGGUCCCAUGGGGCCCUCCCGUAUGCAGCUGUCCAAGCCUGUCAUCGCUGCUGUGGAUGGAUAUGCUGUAGCAGGUGGUAUGGAGCUGGCUCUGUUUGCUGACCUACGAGUGGUGGAAGAGGACGCCAUCAUGGGAGUCUUCUGCCGGCGCUUUGGAGUCCCUCUUCUGGAUGGAGGCACUGUUCGACUUCCACGACUCAUUGGCCUAUCGAGAGCCUUGGAUCUCAUCCUAACGGGCCGUCCUAUUGGUGCUCAAGAGGCUCUGGAGUUUGGAUUAGCCAAUAGGGUUGUGCCAAAGGGAACCGCACUGGAAGCAGCUGUAGAAUUAGCCAAUCAAAUAGCAGCUUUUCCACAAGAAUGUAUGAGGGCUGAUAGGCGUUCAGCAUACCAUGGAAUGUUUGAUUCUGGGUCUUUUGCAGAAUCAAUGAAGUUUGAGUUCAGGCAUGGGAAGGGUAUUGUUGCAAAGGAGUCUGUGAAAGGUGCAAAACGUUUCACAGAGGGGGUCGGGAGGGGGGGAUCGUUUGACCAAUUUAAGCCAAGAUUAUGAAGUACUUAAAUUAUGGCUGUGGUAACUAUGAUAAAGGUUUUUCUGUAACUUAACCUCCUUAAUGAUGGUGUUAAAAUUAAAAGAGUUUAAUCAGGUUACAUGGCUGCUAUGGUUUAGGCUAUAUGUUGGUACUGCUUACUUUGGGUUCGGGGACAAUAGUCCUGGUGAAGGAACAGGGUGCUACUUGUUGUAUACAACAAACCUUGGUGGGAACACACAACAAACAAAGAGCUGUAUGGGGCUAUUCCACGCUGUAUGGGACUCUUACGCUAAAGAACUUAUUUUUGAUAAUUGAAUCAGAGACUAAGUGAUAGGGACCUUACUAUAUAGAUAA